AUGGCUACCACGACUGCCCGCCAACGCAAACCCUCCACCAGCGCUCGCAUUUCUGACCUGAAAGGCCCAAUUGGCCCCGAGGGCAUCUCUCGCCCGAAGCACAAGCGAACAGCGACCGGCUUUGGGCCUGGUGAAAUAAAACACGUUGAAUCCAGUAUACCCGAGGGACAGAGAUCGGCUUGGAAGAAACAUUCUGCCCAGGGCUUCACCACGAAAGAGCAAUUCGAAGAUGAGGCGGUUCGACACAUUGAAACUACGCUCGCCCGAUCACUAUACAACUGUGAUGAGCUUGCCGCGUAUUCCGGCGCUGCCCUUGCCUUCCGAGACAGACUUGUCAUCGACUGGAACAAGACACAGCAAAGACAGACCUUUGCCGAUCAGAAGCGGGUAUACUAUUUGUCGUUGGAAUUCCUGAUGGGCAGAGCAUUUGACAAUGCAAUGCUGAACGUAGGGCUCAAAGAUGUUGCCAAACAAGGACUGAGUGAACUUGGCUUCAGAAUGGAGGACAUCAUAUCACAAGAGCACGACGCAGCGCUCGGGAACGGUGGCCUCGGUCGUCUUGCUGCUUGUUUUCUGGAUAGUAUGGCAACCAUGAACUUCCCGGCAUGGGGCUAUGGGCUUAGGUACAGAUAUGGAAUAUUCAAGCAGGAGCUUGUGGAUGGUUAUCAGGUGGAGGUGCCAGAUUACUGGCUUGAUUUCAAUCCUUGGGAGUUUCCUAGACAUGAUGUAUCGGUACCCAUCCAAUUCUACGGAGGGGUUAGCAAAAAGACCAAUGACAAAGGCAAGACGACUGCAGUCUGGGAGGGAGGUGAGGUCGUGGAUGCUAUAGCAUAUGACGUCCCUAUUCCAGGCUAUGCAACACCAACUACGAACAAUCUCCGUCUGUGGUCCUCACAAGCAUCAAAAGGCGAAUUUGAUUUCCAAAAGUUCAACUCUGGCAACUAUGAGGGCUCAGUAAGCGAUCAGCAGCGAGCAGAAACUAUCUCUGCGGUGCUCUAUCCAAACGAGAAUUUUGACCAAGGUAAAGAGCUUCGCCUCAAGCAGCAGUAUUUCUGGUGCGCAGCAUCUCUGUUUGAUAUAGUCCGCCGCUUCAAGAAAUCGAAGAAGCCUUUGUCAGCCUUUGCCGAUAAUGUUGCGAUACAGAUCAAUGACACCCACCCAACCCUUGCUAUUGUGGAAUUACAACGUAUCUUUGUUGAUUUGGAAGGCUUAGAGUGGGAUGAGGCAUGGAAUCUUGUGGUCAAUACCUUUGGAUACACUAAUCACACGGUAAUGCCAGAAGCUCUGGAGAAGUGGUCCGUACCUUUGAUGCAGAAUCUUCUCCCAAGGCAUCUACAAAUAAUAUAUGACAUCAACAUGAAGUUCCUUCAGAUGGUGGAAAAGAAAUUCCCCAAAGAUCGUGAUAUGCUUGGACGGGUCUCCCUGAUUGAGGAAUCCCAGCCAAAGAUGGUCAGAAUGGCUCACCUUGCCACUAUUGGAAGCCACAAAGUCAAUGGUGUUGCCGAGUUGCACUCUGACCUAGUCAAGACCACUAUCCUGAAGGACUUUGUGACGAUAUAUGGCCCAGACAAAUUCACGAAUGUGACGAAUGGUAUCACGCCAAGGAGAUGGCUUCACCAAGCAAAUCCACGUCUAUCAGAUCUCAUUGCAUCUAAGCUGGGUGGUUAUGACUAUCUCACAGAUCUGACGAAGCUCAACAAGCUCGAGGCGUUUAUUGAUGACAAAGCCUUCAAGAAAGAAUGGCAGGAGAUCAAGGUCGCUAACAAAAUGCGCUUGGCGGAGCACAUCAAGAAUACAACUGGUGUCAGUGUAAACCCCAAGGCGCUGUUCGACAUUCAAGUCAAGCGCAUACACGAAUACAAGAGACAGCAGCUCAACAUCCUUGGUGUAAUUCAUCGCUACCUAACGAUCAAAGCAUUAAGUCCAGAAGAGCGCAAGAAGCUUGCCCCACGCGUAUCGAUUUUUGGUGGUAAAGCAGCGCCAGGCUACUGGAUGGCGAAGACUAUCAUUCAUCUUGUCUGCGCCGUAGGUGAGGUAGUCAACAACGACAAAGACGUUGGCGAUCUCUUGAAGGUCAUCUACGUGGAGGACUACAACGUCAGCAAAGCCGAGAUCCUCACUCCAGCUUCUGACAUCAGUGAGCAUAUAUCGACCGCGGGCACUGAAGCCUCAGGCACCAGUAAUAUGAAAUUUGUCCUCAACGGUGGUUUGGUUAUAGGAACGUGUGAUGGAGCUAAUAUCGAGAUCACCCGAGAAAUCGGCGAGUCGAAUAUCUUCCUCUUUGGCCAUUUGGCAGAAGACGUCGAAGACCUUCGCCACGCUCAUCAAUUCGGCAACUUCCAACUCGACCCCGACCUCGCUAAGGUCUUCGAAGCCGUCAAAGGGGGCAUGUUCGGUGACGCCGAUCGCUUCAGACCUCUUUGUGAUAGCAUUAUUGACCACGGCGAUUAUUAUCUUGUCUCUGACGACUUCAAUUCCUACGUCGAGACCCAUAAGCUUGUUGAUGAAGCUUUCAAGGACCCGGACACGUGGCUUGAGAAAUGCAUCACCUCUGUUGCCAGAAUGGGCUUCUUCAGCAGCGAUAGGUGCAUUCAGGAAUAUGCGGAGGAAAUCUGGAACUGUGAACCCCUGCCGCCUCAGACGAACGGGGCCUGA